AUGGAGAGGUGGCGUAAGCUGCAUGGCCAGCGUUAUGCUGAAAUCAUCCAGUUUUACCACUUCCGCCUUCACACAAUCCAAGCUGACAAGAGCAAUAUCCUCGACACCCAGGAGAGAGUCCGCAAGCUUCUCGCGCGUGAGAGUCACAGACGGUCAUACGAUGCCCAGAACUUGCGAGGCCACAGGGCCAAGAUGAUGCAGGAGGCCAGGCGAGUCGAGAAUAUCCAGAUGCGGAAGAAGAUCAAGGUGCGCGAGGAGCGCAAUAUCAAAUCAGACGACCCAUCAUCCCUACCCUCAGAGCCCGUGCCCAACUACCUUGUAGACCGCCAGAACGACCCUCGCUCCGCCAAAGCUUUAUCAAGCUCCAUCAAGCAGCGCAGAGCCGAGAAGUCGGCACGAUAUUCGGUUCCUUUGCCCAAGGUGCGUGGCAUCUCGGAGGAAGAAAUGUUCCGCAUGGUUACGACAGGAAAGAAGACGAAAAAGAAGUCGUGGAAGAGGAUGAUUACGAAGCCUACGUUUGUCGGCGAGGGGUUCACAAGGCAGAACCCGAAAAUGGAGAGGUUCAUCAGGCCGUCCGGGUUGAGACAAAGGACAGCCCACGUCAGCCAUCCGGAGCUGGCCGUCACCAUCAAGGCCCCAAUUCUGAGCGUGAAGAAGAACCCGUCGAACCCGCUGUACACCCGGCUCGGUGUCCUGACAAAAGGGUGUGUUAUUGAGGUCAACACGAGCGAACUGGGUUUGACGACCGCAUCCGGCAAGGUUAUUUGGGGUCGGUAUGCGCAAAUCACGAAUGACCCUGAGAAUGACGGUUGCGUCAAUGCGGUGCUGCUGGUGUGA